CCCGCUCCCGCCCCCGGCUUCGCCUCCCGCUGCCGCCGCUGCUGCCGCCGCCGCAGCCGCUUUCCGCGGCCUGGGCCUCCCGCCGUCAGCAUGCCACACGCCUUCAAGCCUGGGGACUUGGUGUUCGCUAAGAUGAAGGGCUACCCUCACUGGCCGGCCCGGAUCGAUGACAUUGCUGACGGCGCCGUGAAGCCCCCACCCAACAAGUACCCCAUCUUUUUCUUUGGCACACACGAAACAGCCUUCCUGGGACCCAAGGACUUGUUCCCCUAUGACAAAUGUAAAGACAAGUACGGGAAACCCAACAAGAGGAAAGGCUUCAAUGAAGGGCUGUGGGAGAUCCAGAACAACCCCCACGCCAGCUACAGCGCCCCUCCGGUGAGUACCUGCGGCGGAGAGCCAGCGCGAAGGGUGCUUCUGAGGCCAGAGGAGGCCUCCAGACAGGGUCUCUCACCUGGGCACUAUUUUUGA